CCUUUAGGGUCUAAUAUGCCUAUGCCUAAUAGGCCAAAUUUGUGGUUUUCCCUGAUUGGUAAAUGGUCUUAGAAAAAAUGCAAAAACUCAUUCUCUUUGAGUCUCCAUCAUGGAGCAAGAGUUGACAAUAAAAGCUUUAAAUGCCUGCGUAUAUAAAAUUGAGUUUGGGAAACUUUUUAAAUAAAGGUUUUCAGCCUAUGUAUCUCACACAACAGAAAAAGGCAAUAGAGAAAUUAAUUUCAAUGCUCUAUCACUUUUUGCAACUCUCGAUAAACCACAGACCUAUCAUCAUACUGCUCUUUUUUAUUUUUGCAGUAUAUAAAUUGUAUUUUCCUGAAUUCUUGUGUGAUCUUCUUAAAAUAGUCUGAAAGUUGAUGCUAAUUAUGUUCUUUUAGCAAUAAUAAAAAAUGACUCAUCUGAGUAGUGGAAGAGUUAACCUUUCUCAAGUACGAGAAGCAACUCGAAGACAAUUAUUGAAAUGCCUUGAUAAAUGUCCUGGUAGUAAGGCAAUUAUUUGGGAUGAUAACCUCACAGGACCUGUUGGAUUGUUAGCAGAAUACAGUUUAUUAAAGGAACACGAUGUUGGGAAAAUGUUUCCACUUGUUAGAGGUCGUAUUCCAUCAUGUGAGGAACAUAACAUCAUUUUUCUUGUUCGGCCAAAGUUAGAGACAAUGGACAUCAUUGCAGAGAACAUCCUAAAGGAAGAGGGAGGUAGAGGCAGCAAUAAAGAAUACCACAUUUUCUUCGUUCCAUGUAGAAGUAUGAUGUGCGAAUUUCGACUUCAGGAACUUGGUGUGUAUGGCAGUUUUAAUAUUACUGAUGAGUUUGACCUCAGCCUGAUUCCGUUUGAUAACGAUGUCAUGUCGUUAGAGCAAGAAACAGCUUUCUCUGAAUGUUACCUAGAAAAUGAUUUAACUUCAAUUUAUUAUGUUGCAAAUUCAGUGAUGACGAUACAAGCGUUGUUCGGAGUUAUACCAAAAAUAUAUGGCAAGGGAGACAUGGCCAAGCAUGUGACAGAAAUUAUACUUCGUAAACGCCGAGAAAUGGCUGACAUGGAAUCGCAGAUCACUCCAUUAAUUGACUCCAUACUUUUGAUCGAUAGAAACGUGGAUUUGAUCACACCACUGUUAACACAGUUGACGUAUGAAGGUUUAAUCGAUGAAAAUUUUCAAAUUGAAAACACCAACUGUCAAUUACCGCCGGAUAAAUUCCCUCCUAAAGAAGAUACGAAGACGAGACAACAAAUGACGGAUAGCAGUAAACAAAAAGCGAAAAAGAUCGUAUUGAAUUCUGGAGAGAAUCUAUUUGCUGAAAUACGAGAUAUGAAUUUUUCAGCAGUUGGACCUGUGCUAAGCAGAGAAGCAAAGCGCAUCACAGCGGAGUACGAGGAACACCGUUCUGCGAAAACAGUUGGUGAGAUGAAAGAAUUUGUACACAAACUCCCUCACAUGCAAGCAGCUAAACAAGCUUUAGCAUUGCAUACAAGCAUUGCUGAGGUUAUAAAGGAGCAGACAGACUCAGAGGAGUUUCGAGAAGGUUUGCGAGUAGAACAGGAAUUUUUUAAUGGUAUCGAAACAGACAAAGCACAUCCUUAUAUUGAGAAGUGCAUCGGUAUGAAAGAACCACUCAUCAAGGUUUUGAAACUUAUAUGUCUGCAGUGUUACGUCAAUAACGGCUUUAAAGCGAAGUUGUUGGAUUAUUAUAGAAAAGAAGUCUUGCAUACCUAUGGCUUUGAGCAUUUGUUGACGCUGGAUAAUUUGGAACGUCUUGGACUUCUGCGCAGCAGCGGCUCACGUGCAUCAUAUUCCACAUUAAAAAAGUCGUUGAAGUUGGUUGUCGAUGAUGUACAGGAACAAAAUCCGAACGAUAUCGCAUACGUCCAUUCUGGGUAUGCGCCACUAUCUGUGAGACUUGCACAAUUUUUGGAACGUCAGUCUGGUUGGCGUGGCUUAGAAGAACUUUUAAAGCAAUUGCCUGGACAAACCAUUGAAGAAAAGCAAUACAUACCUCCAGCAUUGCUUAAAAAAGCUCCCGCAAGUCAAGGCAUGGGUGGCUCACAUUUCGAAGGGCCACCCAAAGUGACGCUAGUGUAUUUUUUAGGAGGUUGUACGUAUUCUGAAAUCGCAGCGUUAAGAUUUCUUGCACAGCAGGAGAACGCGUCUACGGAUUAUGUAAUUGCAACGACGAGAAUCAUAAGUGGGAAAGAUCUCAUUGAAUCUGUCAUGGCGAGGGUUGAUAAAGCUCCUGUAAACGGAUAAAUUAUUGUUAUUAGUAUUUUUCAUGUUAUAACGUUUAUAUUCCUAUCUUCCAAUAAGUUGUUUGCAGACAAGUUCUUCCAUUCUCGAGUCACUAAAUGAGACUUUUUAUAGCCGUAAUGCCCUCGGUUGGAGCGUUUUAGACAUUUCUUAGUUUUUGCGGAUUGGUUGGCUGAUACUAGCGGUCGUCGUCUUUUGGUACUGCACUUUGUCUGCGCUCCGAAUACAGAAUGAUAGUUCAACAGAGGUAAUUUAAUAAUAUGACUUAUACAUGCAACUUUUAAAGGCUAGAUUUAUAUCUAGCGAUAUGUUAUUUUGAAUUCAAAAUUUUUUAUAAAAUUAUAUAAACUCUGUAUAUAAUAUAUGCAUUGUAUAUUUUAUGUAAUCUUGUGGAUGUUGUUAUUGUAGAAAGAUUAUGAUGUUUUGUUAGAUCCUA